CGGACAGAGAGGGAGGGAGAGAAAGAACAGUCAGAGGGGGUUACACACACGAGGGAAGCAGAGUAGGAAAAGACAGUAAGGAAAAAGAAGGACAAGAAAAAAGAGGGACACUGCGCUGCUUGUUUUCGUUUUUAUUGCAGUAAAUAACAGCAGAAAGUAAACAGUCUUUCUCUUUCAGUGCACGGAUAAAUCUUUUACAAACGGCUUCCAUCUUUAGUUGAAGGAAAACAGUAGGCCACGAGGAGGACUCGCGAGUUUAAAGUGAUUUGAGCGUUUAUGGUUGGGUUCCUUUCUAAAGCUAUCUGCAGUUCUGGAAGUGCUUAGCGACUCGAUACAUUUAUUUCUAGUGACAAGAAGCGCAGGCGAAACACACAAUCAAAUAUAGACGCAACUUUGUAUGAGUUACGUAAAAAUAUUAUCAAGUAGUUGCCACAUGCCACUCAGUUUUGCGAGGAGACAAUAAUAGAUCUAGAAGUGGCAUUUUAAAUCACGCUGCUAAGCAAACGUGGGGAAGAAGACCCGAUAUAUCGACAAUAUCAGCCGGUAAUUUACAGGAUAUCAGCAGACUAUGGCGGCGGUAACAAGCCCAGAAUCGAGCCAACCAGCUCGCGUAUACUUCCAAACGCCCACCGGUUCAACCGAAGAAGCGGAGACCCCGGUCCGAAAGCAGGGACGGGUCACAGUGAAAUACGACCGGAAAGAACUGAGAAAGAGACUCAAUUUGGAAGAGUGGAUCAUUGACCAACUAACGGAUCUCUACGACUGUGAGGAGGAAGCGAUUCCAGAGCUAGAGAUUGAUGUGGAUGAACUGUUGGAUAUGGAGAAUGAUGUAGACCGGGCCGCUCGGGUCAAGGAGCUGGUGGUAGACUGUUAUAAGCCAACUGAAGAGUUUGUAGCUGAAUUGCUGGAUAAGAUACGUGGCAUGCAGAAGCUCAGUACUCCUCAGAAAAAGUGAAGCUUCUCCCUCCUUCACCCCUCCUCAACCAAUCUCAUCCCUCCAUUCCCAAUUUUAGGGGCGUGACUAUUCGCUCAUGCAAUCCCAUGUCUCCUUUGCAUCAGCUGUGGAGGGGAUGGAGGAAGGGUUAUAGGAGAGUGUAGCCAAUCAGAUCCUUAUAAGCAGGGCUUAUUUUUUCUUGUUUUGUUAACUUUAAUGUUAUUUUAUUCUAUUUUUUGUAAAGGGGGAAAGAUUUGAUUUUGAAGUGUUUUUAGACGUCAUAUUUUCAUAUUGUUAUACAUCUCUGUUUGUUUCUAUGCAUAGAAUGGUUUUGGAUUUUUGUUAGAAUUUUUCAAAACUCCCUGUGCUGUCUCAAAGGACAACAUUGACGAAAACUCUUGCUGUUGUUUGUGAAACUGUGAUGAUCCUUGGUAUAUAACAACAUCAGAGGAGAUCGGAAAGAAGCGGCCUUCUAGAUUAAUUUUUCUUCCUUCUAUAAUUGUGCAGUUAAGGGCUUUAAGCAGGAGCAUUCAUGGAGAAUUUUGAUUACAGAAGAGCUAAUAAAGAGAUUGUGUUAAGUGGAGGGAGUUACUUCGGUGUCAUGUUUUUUACAGAUGGAGGGAGCUAUGUGUAAAAAAAAAAAAAAAAAAAAAUGGGGCUUUGAUUUCUUUCUUUUUUCAUUUCCCCCUUCUAAACACACACAUACACACCACACAUUUUGAAACUCAUUGGCCACACCACCCUCAGGGAUCUGGAUAAAUAACUACACACACAUCACAAACCGCAGCUGUGGAUCUACAGAUGUGCAUGUUGGCUCCUUCAGUGACAAAAAGAGUUGGAUAGGGAGAGAAUGGAUAAGAGCAUGGUAGACAAACUACAACGUGUCAUGGACACUGCCAAGUGUACAGUCAGAAUAAAUCCUCUCACACGACUCUGCUAAAUCAUCUUUUCUAGGGAGCCAUCUGCUCUUUUGUCUCAGCCAAUUAAAUGCUGUAAUAAGAGGGCUAAUAGCCACACUCGGUGCUCUUACCUUGCAUCAAUUCAGCAUUGGAAGAGGUAUUUCCAUCACAUAGACUGUUAUCACUGAUAAUUAUGAUGCACACUUACAUAUACUACAGGAUUUAUUAAAACCCCUCUGCAUCCCUACUACUUUCAGAUAUUGCCUUAGGUCACGAUUAUGUUAUGAAAACCAAAUUAAUUUAAACAUUUAAGGAAUAUACAACACAAAAGAAGAAAAGAAAAAAAUAGCUGCAAAAUGGAAAUCUUUUUGCUGCUUUAGGAUGCAAAAUGUUCUCGUACUUUCAGUGAUGCUUUUUUCUAGGAAAGGAAGUUGACUAUAUCAUACAGAGCAAUUUUUACAUAACACAAUAUAAAAUUGUCAGUUUUUAUCAUUGUGUAAACCUUGUAGUGCAGUUGAUUCAUAUUUUCUAUGUCCAUUGGGACAUGGGAGGAUUGAAAGAAUGAACUGGACUUGAGAGAGAAACAAAUUUAUGAAUUAGGAAAAAUGUAAGCAAUUGUGUAAGAUUGUGCUCAAGGGCAUACAUUUUUGGAGAAAAAACGUCUCGUAGCAAUACUUAACUGUCUUGUUUUUGCCCAAUUUUGUUACACUUUUAUGCAACUUUAAUAAAAAUAUGUUCAACGACA